AUGAUUGUUGAGCCGAGCGCAGCUGAGUAUGCGGAGCUCGGCAGUGGGACUCUAGCAGGGCGGUCGGCGGCCGACACUGAGGCGGCGCAUGAUCUGCUUUCUCUCGCGCAGAGUCUACCGCCGAUGCCGCCCGCCGCCGUCGUCACCGUGCUGCAGGGACCUGAGCCGGCGCCACUCAUCCCUUUCUACACCUACACCAUACAACCCACCAACAUCUACAUCAUAGCGGAGGAGCCCCCCGAACCCAUCUACCACACCGUACAAACCAUCACUCCCCUGCAGCCCAUAGAGUACACGGUCGAACCUCAAGUAACCUACACCGCUUAUCAGCAUACUCCGCAGCUGGAGUACGUGGCUGCCAUCAACGAGCCCGAGCUACCGCCUGAACCGGAGCCGUCACCUGCGCCCCCUCCGCUUCCUAAAGAGAAGGUCAACAAGUACGACUGCAACGAGUGCGGGAAGCGUUAUGCGACGUCGUCGAACUUGUCGCGUCACAAGCAGACACACCGCAGCCUUGACUCCGUGGCGGCGAAGCGCUGCGGCGAGUGCGGCAAGGCAUACGUGUCGAUGCCGGCCCUGGCGAUGCACGUGCUAACGCAUCGAAUGGGGCACGUGUGCGGCGUAUGCGGUAAGCAGUUCUCGCGGCCGUGGUUGCUGCGCGGUCAUCUCCGCUCCCACACCGGAGAGAAGCCAUACAAUUGCGCCGAGUGCGGCAAAGCGUUCGCGGACCGUUCCAACUUGCGCGCGCACUUGCAGACGCACUCCUCGGACAAGAAGUACGAGUGUCCGCGGUGUCACAAGAAUUUUGCGCUGAAGAGCUAUUUGAACAAACACCAAGAGUCUGCGUGCGUGCGCAUUGAAGACGAAUAGGUCGCGCUUCCCGACGAACGAUUGCAACGAACGAUUUCUCUAUGAACUUCUUUACACCUUUUUAUUAACGGAACGAGAUUUUAUAGGGUUAAAGCCUCGUAGUUUCGGCCGCGAAGUCGAAAGAAUAAAAAG